AUGGAGAAACUUUCCAGUUUGGAAAACCCACCUCCCAAGUCAUCGUGGAAUGUCAACGGCGGCGAUGGCUAUUACGCAGCAUUUGUAUUACGCUUAGAAGAUUCACUGGAUGCUCUCAUAGCUAGCCUGAAACAAAAAAGGCCAUUGAUGCCCUUGACUCAGUACGCAGACCAAACUCCAAGCAGUAAUACAGAAGAAGAAUCUCUUCAAAUUGAAAAAGACCUAAAAAAACAACAAGAGUUAGAGUUUAAGAAGUUAGAAAUGUCGGCAAAAAAAAAACGGGCUGAAGAAAUUUUCACUGCAGCAAAACAAUCUAGGGAAAAUGCAUUUAAUGCUCUUGAUCCGGGGAAUGAUAGCGAUUUUAGGCUAUCUAGUGAUAGCGAAGAUGACCCUGAAGUUAUACCUAGACGUAGUUACACAGAGCUAAAAGCUACAUUAGAUCUGUGUGAGAAAGAAAAAGAUGAACUGGAAAGGAAAGUUAUUAAACUCCAAAAAGAGUGUGAUAAUUUGAAACAAGAAACGCAGGAAAUUGCCACACUUAGAUCUCUAAACUUUCAGCUACAAGAAAGACUAUUAAAAUCUUUUCCACAAGGAGAAUGCUCCCAUGAAAGUUCUGAAGAUGUUGAAGUGAAUUUAGAAACGAUGGAGGUAGAACUUGGAGCAGGUAUAUCAAUAAACAAAAAAGUAUACCAGGGGAUAUGCGAGUUGGAUGACGUCAGGAAGUUUACAAAAAGUUUAGCAGUAGCCAUUUGGGGGAGCGACGUCCUUGCUGGGAGGUCUGUUAAGGGGAGAGCCUGCAGAAACCGAAAUGGACCCAAAAAAGUGGAUGUGGAAUCUACCCCUACACAUUCCAACCAGCAACAGGCAAAGCCUCCCCUCACGCCAGAGAAAUUGGCAGUAAUUUCAGGACAAAUGAGGGAAUAUUUAGUUAAAAGAAAAAGAGACUGUGUAGAAAUUGAAAAAGAAUUGAAAAAAAGAAAUAAAUAUUUGUCGGAUAAGAUCCAGGAUAUAUGUUCCAGACAAAUUUCACAAUAAAAUACU